AUGAAGUUAGUCUUAAUCACCCUUCUGGUCCUCCUAAUCCCAUUCUCCUCCGCCUACAAAGACGAUGAACCAAGCUGCGAGGAGAACGGCGAAACCUACCGGAACGGUGAGACCUGGACCGCUCAAAGUGGGUUCGUAAGGCGAUGCGUGGUCAAUGCCUACGGCUGGGAGACGCAAAUCCUGGCUUGUGUGGAAAAACAGUCGAAACGCAAGAUUCGUGUUGGUUCGAGUAUGAAGGUCGGUAAAUUCCGAAUUUAUUGUGAUAAGACGCCCGGCGGUGGAGCCAUGAUGCGGCCUGAAGUCAUUCGUGACAGCCGAAACUACGAUUAA